AUGCGUUUCUCCCAAGUUCUGUCUUCCGCGUCGAUGAUCGGCGCGUCGCUGGCGUCGCCCCUCGGCCAUGAGCACGCCGAGCACAAGCGCGCUGUCGCGUACGUGACCAACGUGCAGACCACGACCGUCUACGGUACCGCUCCUCAGCAGAUUGGCGGUGCGUCGACCACCGUGUCUCUGGACGCGUCCAACACGCUCGCACAGCAAGCCGCCACUCAGACCUCGUCCUUGUCCGAGGUUUCCAGAGGCGUCGCUGCCGUUCCUAGCGAGGCGACCUCGACCGUGUCUGAGUCGUCUUCCUCGAGCUCUGCCGCCUCGAGCACUUCUGUUGCGUCCAACUCUGCUGCUGCCUCGAGCUCUGCCUCCGCCUCUAGCUCUGCUUCCGCCUCGAGCUCCGCUAGCUCUUCGAGCUCUCAGGCCUCUUCUACCGCCUCCAGCUCCGUGGGCUCCGGUGGUGCCAAGGGUAUCACCUACUCUCCUUACAGCGACUCCGGCUCCUGUAAGAGCUCUUCCCAGAUCGCUUCUGAGCUGAGCCAGCUGUCCGGUUUCGACAUCAUCAGAUUGUACGGUGUCGACUGUGACCAGGUUAGCGCUGUCUUGCAGGGCAAGUCCUCCAACCAAAAGUUGUUCUUGGGUGUCUAUUACGUCAACGCUAUCGAGGACGGUGUUAACGCCAUCAAGGAUGCCAUCAACUCUUACGGUUCCUGGGACGACGUCUACGCUGUUUCCAUCGGUAACGAGCUGGUUAACGGCGGUGAGGCCACCGUUUCCCAGGUUGGCUCUUACGUCGAGGAGGGUAGAACUCAUUUGACCGCCGCAGGCUACAAUGGUCCAGUCGUGUCUGUCGACACUUUCAUCGCUGUCAUUAACAACCCAGGCUUGUGUGACCACUCCGACUUCAUGGCCGUCAACGCCCACGCCUACUUUGACUACAACACCGCCGCUGAAGACUCCGGUACCUGGGUCAUGGAACAGAUCGAGAGAGUCUGGGGUGCUUGCCAGGGUAACAAAAACGUUUUGAUCACUGAAUCUGGCUGGCCAUCCGUUGGUCAAACCUUGGGCAAGGCUGUUGCUUCCAAGGAAAACCAGAAGUCCGCUAUCUCCUCCAUUAAAUCUGUCUGCGGUAACUCUGUCAUUCUUUUCACCGCUUUCAACGACUACUGGAAGGCUGAUGGUGCCUACGGUUGUGAGAAGUACUGGGGUAUCUUCUCCGACUAA